GGAAGAAGCUGGUCUGCUGACUGUGAUACUCGUGACCAGCUUGCACAGGACAUGGCCGAGGAGGCAGCCCAAAACAUUUCUGAUGACCAGGAAAGGUGUCUCCAGGCUGCCUGCUGCCUUUCCUUUGGUGGUGAGCUGUCUGUGAGCACUGACAAGAGCUGGGGUCUUCAUCUGUGCAGCUGUAGCCCUCCUGGAGGUGGAUUGUGGGUUGAGGUCUAUGCUAAUCAUGUGCUUCUUAUGAGUGAUGGGAAAUGUGGCUGUCCUUGCUGUACUCUGAAUGGAAAGGCAGAAGACCGGGAAUCACAGAGCCCAUCUUCAUCAGCUUCCAGGCAGAAGAACAUUUGGAAAACAACUAGUGAAGCAGCGUUAAGUGUUGUUAAUGAAAAAACACAGGCUGUUGUUAAUGAAAAAACACAGGCGCCUCUGGAUUGUGAUAACAGCGCGGAUAGAAUUCCCCACAAACCUUUCAUUAUAAUAGCAAGGGCCUGGAGCAGUGGUGGCCCCAGGUUCCAUCACAGGUGGCUGUGUGCUACUGGGACUGCAGACAGCACAUUCUCUGGUCUUCUCCAGCUCCAGGGCACCACUUCUGCAGCAGCUCCCUGCAGCCUGAAGAUGGAGGCUUCCUGCUGUGUCCUGAGACUGCUGUGCUGUGUGGAGGAUGUGGCCACGGGGCUGCUUCCUGGGACUGUCAAGAUGGAGACCCCCACCAAGGGGGCCAGACCCACUCAGACCAGCUCCCAGCGAGUGCCCCUGUGGCCGAUUUCACAUUUUCCCACUUCUCCCAGAAGCUCCCAUGGCCUUCUGCCUGGCACUCCUCGCUCCCCCAGCUUCACGUCAUCACAAUCUGGUUCUGAGAUCCUCUAUCCCCCUACUCAGCAUCCUCCUGUGGCCAUCCCAGCUCGAAAUUCUGAUAACUCCAUGAACCCUGUUCUCGAUUGCUCCCUGGAAAUGGAAGCUCGGGCACCUCCAAAUCUGGGAUUCUGUGUUCAUAUGGCUUCUGGAGAGGCUCUCUGUCUGAUGAUGGAUUUCAGGGACAGUUCUGGGGUUGAAAUGAGGCUACACAUCAUGUCUGAGGCAAUGGCGGUGACUGCCUACCACCAGUACUCAAAAGGUAUUUUUUCUUCUUCUUUUACAUUUUCAGUUGGAUAUUUCCACCUACAAAGAAGCAGAGACACAAAAUAUAACUUUAAAGGUUUACUUUUGCCAAAGUGAAAACAGCUGCCAGGAAGACUCAGACCCCACUAACCUUGGAUAUGAGCUUGUUUCUGCCUUUGUCACCAAAGGAAUCUAUAUGCUCAAAGCUGUUAUUUAUAAUGAGUUUCAUGGAACCAAAGUGGAGCUUGGGCCUUAUUAUGUGGAGAUUGGCCAUGAGGCCAUGUCUGCAUUCAUGAACUCCAGCAGUGUCCAUGAGGAUGAAGUGCUUGUCUUUGCUGACUCCCAAGUGAAUCAGAAAAGCACUGUGGUUAUACAUCACUUUCCAUCUAUUCCUUCAUAUAAUGUGUCCUUUAUUUCUCAGACUCAAGUGGGUGACAGCCAGGCUUGGCACAGCAUGACUGUCUGGUAUAAGAUGCAAUCCGUCUCUGUCUACACAAAUGGAACUGUGUUUGCCACAGACACGGACAUUACAUUUACAGCUGUUACCAAGGAAACAAUACCCCUGGAAUUUGAGUGGUAUUUUGGAGAGGAUCCACCAGUGAGGACAACUUCAAGAAGCAUUACAAAAAGACUCAGCAUCCCCCAAUGGUAUCGUGUGAUGGUUAAGGCUUCCAGCAGGAUCAGCAGUGUGGUCUCUGAGCCCCACGUCAUCAGGGUGCAGAAGAAAAUUGUGGCCAAUCGGCUCACGUCCCCCUCCUCAGCUCUGGUAAAUGCCAGUGUGGCCUUUGAGUGCCGGAUCAACUUCGGCACAGAUGUUGCCUACCUGUGGGACUUUGGGGACGGCACCGUCAGCCUAGGGAGCAGCUCCAGCAGCCAUGUCUACAGUAGGGAAGGAGAAUUUACGGUGGAGGUCCUUGCCUUCAAUAACGUCAGUGCCUCCACCCUAAGAAAGCAACUUUUCGUCGUGUGCAAGCCCUGCCAGCCACCCCUGGUGAAGAACAUGGGGCCUGGGAAAGUCCAGAUAUGGAGGUCUCAGCCUGUGAGGCUGGGAGUGACGUUUCAAGCUGCAGUCUUCUGUGAUAUUUCCCAAGGUCUUUCUUAUACCUGGAACUUGAUGGACUCUGAAGGGCUCCCUGUCUCCCUCCCUGCUGCUGUGGACACUCGCAGACAGACCCUCAUCCUCCCAAGCCACACCUUGGAGUAUGGGAACUACACUGCCCUUGCCAAGGUUCAGAUUGAAGGCAGUGUGGUGUACAGUAACUACUGUGUGGGCCUGGAGGUGCGAGCCCAGGCCCCUGUCAGUGUGAUCUCCGAAGGCACACACCUGUUCUUCUCCAGGACCACCUCAUCCCCCAUUGUCCUCAGAGGGACCCAGUCCUUCCACCCUGACAACCCUAGGGCGACUCUAAGGUAUCACUGGGAAUGUGCCACCGCCAGCUCCCCAGCACAUCCCUGCUUCGACUCCUCCAGUGCACACCAACUGGACGCCACGGCUCCCACUGUUUCCUUUGAGGCACGGUGGCUCAGUGCCAGCUAUGAUCAGUUCCUUGUGAUGCUGAGGGUCUCCAGUGGUGGCCGGAACUCUUCUGAGGCCCGGGUGUUCCUGUCCCCCUACCCUGACUCGGCAUUCAGAUUCGUCCACAUCUCCUGGGUCAGCUUUAGAGACACCUUCGUCAACUGGAAUGACGAACUCUCUCUUCAAGCUAUGUGUGAGGACUGCGGUGAAAUACCUAAUCUGUCUUAUUCCUGGGAUCUCUUUUUAGUCAAUGCAACAGAAAAGAAUAGGAUAGAAGUUCCCUUCUGCAGAGUAGUGGGGCUGCUGGGUUCGCUGGGACUUGGUGCCAUUUCAAAGUCAUCACAGUUAAACCUGCUGCCCACUGAGCCUGGCACUGCAGAUCCUGAUGCAACGACCACACCAUUCUCACGGGAACCUUCACCCAUGACCCUUGGCCAGCCUGCCCCUUCAGCUCCAAGGGGAACCCCCACAGAGCCCAUGACUGGAGUCUACUGGAUUCCUGCUGCGGGGGGCUCUGCAGUCCUCGGGGAGGCUCCAGAGGAAGGUUCGCUAGACCUAGAGCCAGGGCCACACAGCAAGGGAUCCCUGAUGACUGGCCCCUCUGAGAGAAGUCAGCCCACCCACAGCCCUGACCCUCACCUCUCUGAUUUUGAAGCCUAUUACAGUGAUAUUCAAGAAGCAAUACCAUCGGGCGGAAGACAGCCAGAAAAGGACACCAGCUUUCCAGGAUCAGGACCUAGCUUGAGUGCCGAGGAGAGCCCUGGAGAUGGGGAUAACCUGGUGGACCCCUCCCUGUCUGCAGGCAGAGCCGAGCCUGUCCUCAUGAUUGACUGGCCCAAGGCCCUGCUGGGCCGAGCAGUUUUCCAAGGCUAUUCGUCCUCGGGUAUUACAGAACAGACGGUGACAAUCAAGCCAUACUCUCUGAGCAGUGGAGAGACGUACGUCCUGCAAGCGUCUGUGGCUUCGAAGCAUGGCUUACUGGGUAAAGCUCAGCUGUACUUGACAGUCAACCCGGCUCCACGGGACAUGGCCUGUCAGGUGCAGCCUCACCAUGGUCUGGAGGCACACACCGUCUUCAGUGUCUUCUGCAUGUCUGGAAAACCGGACUUCCAUUAUGAAUUUAGUUACCAGAUAGGAAACGCCUCCAAACACACUUUGUACCAUGGGAGAGACACCCAGUAUUAUUUUGUGUUGCCAGCUGGUGAGCACUUGGACAAUUACAAAGUUGCGGUUUCCACUGAAAUCACAGAUGGCGAAGGCUCCAAGAUCCAGCCGUGCACUGUGGUGGUGACUGUGCUGCCCCGCUACCAUGGAAAUGACUGUCUGGGCGAGGACCUGUAUAAUUCCAGCCUGAAAAACCUUUCUACCCUCCAGCUGAUGGGGAGUUACACAGAAAUCAGGAACUACAUCACUGUGAUCACCAGAAUCCUGAGUCGUUUGUCUAAGGAGGACAAAACUGCCUCCUGCAACCAAUGGUCACGAAUACAGGAUGCAUUAAUUUCUUCAGUAUGCAAAUUAGCUUUUGUAGAUCAGGAAGAAAUGAUUGGUUCUGUUUUUAUGUUGACGGACCUCGUGAGCUUCUCUAAUAAGCUAAGCUUUAUGAGUGCAGUUCUCAUCCUCAAAUACACCCGGGCACUCCUUGCUCAAGGCCAGUUCUCGGGGCAAUUUGUGGUUGACAAAGGAGUGAGGCUUGAGCUCAUCAGUCUCAUAUCCAGAGUCUGGGAAGUCUCUGAGCAAGAAAACUCGAAGGAGGAAGGCUAUCUACAUGAAGAAGGAAUUACAGUCAUCUCAGAUUUAUUGUUGGGUUGUCUCUCUUUGAACCACGUUAGCACUGGGCAGAUGGAGUUCCGGACCCUUCUUCAUUACAACCUUCAGAGCUCUGUCCAGAGCCUGGGAUCUGUCCAGGUGCAUUUACCUGGUGACCUUGCUGGGCACAAUCCUGCUGGGGCGGAGACACAGAGCCCAUGCUACAUUAGCCAGCUCAUACUCUCCAAGAAGAACCCAUAUCCAGGGGGCCAAGCUCCUGGGCAGAUUGGUGGAGUUGUGGGCCUCAACCUCUAUACCUGCUCCAGCAGAAGACCCAUCAACAGGCAGUGGCUAAGGAAACCCGUGAUGGUCGAGUUUGGGAAGGAGGAUGGCCUGGAUAAUAGGAGAAAUAAAACAACAUUUGUAUUACUUCGGGAUAAAGUGAAUCUCCAUCAGUUCACUGAGCUUUCUGAAAACCCCCAGGAAUCUCUACAGAUAGAAAUUGAAUUUUCCAAACCUGUUACAAGGGCAUUUCCCGUCAUGUUGCUAGUAAGAUUCUCUGAGAAACCUACUCCCUCUGAUUUUCUUGUGAAGCAGAUCUACUUCUGGGAUGAGUCAAUUGUGCAGAUUUAUAUACCUGCUGCUUCUCAGAAAGAUGCCAAUGUAGGCUAUUUAUCCUUAUUAGAUGCUGACUAUGACAGAAAACCUCCAAACAGAUAUUUAGCUAAGGCAGUGAACUAUACAGUACAUUUCCAGUGGAUCCGAUGCCUGUUUUGGGACAAGAGAGAGUGGAAAUCUGAACAUUUCUCUCCACAACCAGGAACUUCUCCUGAAAAAGUGAACUGCAGCUACCAUCGCCUCGCGGCAUUCACUCUCCUAAGGAGAAAGCUGAAGGCCAGUUUUGAAGUGAGUGAAAUUUCCAAGUUACAGAGCCACCCAGAAAACUUGCUUCCCAGUAUUUUUAUUAUGGGUUCUAUGAUUCUUUAUGGAUUUUUGGUCGCUAGAAGUAGACAAGUAGAUCAUCAUGAAAAAAAGAAAGCUGGUUACAUCUUUCUGCAAGAAGCUCCCCUGCCGGGCCACCAGCUGUAUGCGGUCGUCAUUGACACCGGCUUCCGAGCUCCGGCCAGGUUGACCUCAAAGGUGUACAUUGUUUUAAGUGGCGACAAUGGACUGUCAGAAACCAAGGAGCUCACCUGUCCAGAGAAGCCCCUGUUUGAAAGGAAUUCCAGACACACCUUUAUCUUGAGCGCUCCUGCCCAGCUGGGCCUGCUGAGGAAGAUCCGCCUCUGGCACGACAGCCGUGGGCCUUCCCCAGGCUGGUUCAUCAGCCACGUGAUGGUGAAGGAGCUGCGCACGGGACAGGGCUGGUUCUUCCCUGCCCAGUGCUGGCUGUCUGCCAGCAGGCAUGAUGGUCGCGUGGAGCGGGAGCUCACCUGUCUGCAAGGGGGACUCGGCUUCCGGAAGCUUUUCUAUUGCAAGUUCACAGAGUACCUGGAGGAUUUCCAUGUCUGGCUGUCGGUGUACAGCAGGCCCUCCUCCAGCCGCUACCUGCACACGCCACGCCUCACCGUGUCCUUCUCCCUGCUGUGCGUCUACGCGUGUCUCACUGCCCUGGUCGCUGCUGGAGGGCAAGAGCAGCACCAGUUGGAUGUCAGCCCCACCCUUGGAUCCUUCAGGGUGGGUCUCCUGUGUACCCUUCUGGCUUCUCCAGGGGCCCAGCUCUUGUCCCUGCUCUUCAGGCUCAGCAAGGAAGCCCCGGGGUCUGCCCGAGCGGAGCCUCACAGCCCACUUAGAGGAGGAGCACAGACUGAGGCACCCCAUGGUCCGAAUUCCUGGAGAAGGAUACCAGACGCACAGGAGCCAUGCAAGCAUCCCGCAUCAGCUGUUCUCUCUGGGAGUGGCAGGGCCCAAAGGAACGCAGCAAGUGACGAUGGCACAGCCUGUCCAGCCCCUAAGCUGGAGGCUCAUGGAGCUGACCACAACGGGACUGCUCUGAUGGGGAAGAGCCACUGCUGCCCUCCCCGCACUCAAGCACCCAGCAGUGGUUUGGAGGGACUAAGGCCCCAGCGGUCAAGCGCCCCUCAGCCUUGGUGGAGCUUUGCAGUGUGGGCCAUUUGUGGGACCACUUCUCUGGCCUGCAGUUUGGGGACAGGAUUUCUAGGCUACAGGUUUGGCCAGGAGCAGUGUGUGCAGUGGCUGCACCUGCUGUCCCUCUCUGUGGUCUGCUGUGUUUUCAUCACCCAGCCACUUAUGGUAUGCCUCAUGGCCUUGGGUUUUGCUUGGAAAAGAAGAGCUGACAACCACUUUUUUACUGAGUCUUUAUGUGAGGCUACCAGGGAUCUGGACUCUGAAUUGGCAGAACGUUCCUGGACUUGCCUCCCCUUCUCUUCAAGCUGCAGUAUUCCUGACUGUGCAGGCGAGAUUGAAAAAGUCUUGGCUGCCCGACAACAAGCUCGCCACCUGCGCUGGGCGCAUCCACCAUCCAAGGCCCAGCUGAGGGUCACCAGAGAGAGAAUGAGGAGAGAGAGUCGCACAUGGGCUGCCUUGAGAGACAUUUCCAUGGACAUCCUCAUGCUGCUUCUGCUUUUGUGUGUAGUAUAUGGGAGAUUUUCCCAAGAUGAAUACUCCCUCAAUCAAGCUAUCCGGAAAGAAUUUAUAAGAAAUGCCAGAAACUCCUUGGGUGGCCUGAGAAACAUCGCUGACUGGUGGGACUGGAGUCUGACCACACUUCUGGACGGCCUGUACCCAGGAGGGACCCCGUCAACCCGUUUGCCGGGGGCUCAGCCUGGAGCUCUUGGAGGAAAAUGCUACCUAAUAGGCAGUUCUGUAAUUAGGCAGCUAAAAGUUUUUCCUAACCAUUUAUGCAAGCUUCCCAGGCCAUUUUCAGCACUCAUCGAAGACUCUAUUCCUACAUGUAGUCCCGAAGUUGGAGGCCCUGAGAACCCCUACCUGAUAGACCCAGAGAACCAAAACAUGACCCUGAAUGGUCCGGGGGGCUGUGGGGCAAAGGAAGACUGUGUGCUCAGCCUGGGCAGAACAAGGCCUGAAGCCCACACGGCCCUGUCCCGACUCAGGGCCAGCACAUGGAUUGACCGCAGCACCAGGGCUGUGUCUGUGCACUUCACCCUCUAUAACCCUCCAACCCAACUCUUCACCAGCGUGUCCCUGAGCGUGGAGAUCCUCCCUACAGGGAGUCUCGUCCCCUCAUCCCUGGUGGAGUCAUUCAGCAUCUUCCGCAGCAACUCAGCCCUGCAGUACCACCUCAUGCUUCCCCAGCUGGUCUUCCUGGCACUCAGUCUCAUCCACCUCUGUGUUCAACUCUACCGUAUGAUGGACAAGGGUGUCCUCAGCUACUGGCGAAAGCCAAGCAACUGGCUGGAGCUCUCGGUGGUUGGAGUGAGCCUCACGUACUAUGCAGUUUCCGGCCACCUUGCUACUCUUGCUGGAGAUGUCACUGACCAGUUUCACAGAGGACUUUGCCAAGCAUUUAUGGACCUCACCCUUAUGGCAUCAUGGAAUCAGAGGGCUCGAUGGCUCCGGGGAAUCCUCUUAUUCCUCUUCAUAUUAAAAUGCGUCUAUCUUCCUGGCAUUCGAAACACAAUGGCAUCCUGCUCCUCCAUGACGCACCACUCACUCCCCAGCAUCUUUGUAGCAGGGCUGGUGGGGGCCCUGAUGCUGGCCGCCCUCUCCCACCUGCACCGAUUUCUGCUCUCUAUGUGGGUUCUACCACCUGGCACCUUCACAGACGCCUUCCCUGGGCUGCUGUUUCAUUUUCCCAGAAGAAGCCAAAAAGACUCCCUCCUUGGCCUUUCCAAGUCUGACCAGCGGGCCAUGGCUUGUUACUUUGGGAUCCUUUUAAUAGUCUCUUCCACACUGUGUUUUGGAAUGCUGAGAGGUUUUCUCAUGACUUUACCCCAAAAAAGAAAAUCUUUUCAAAGUAAAUCUUUUAUGAGACUUAAAGAUGUCACUGCUUAUAUGUGGGAAAAGGUCCUCACCUUUCUGAGACUGAAAACACCAAAGUUGGAAGAGGCUGAGAUGGUUGAGAAUCACAAUUACUACUUGGAUGAAUUUGCAAAUCUGUUAGACGAACUUCUGAUGAAGAUUAAUGGUUUGUCCGACAGCCUACAACUCCCCCUUCUGGAAAAAAUAUCCAACAGCACAGGGGAGGCAAGGACAGAAGAGAGUCCCUUGGUGGACAUUUCUAGUUACCAAGCUACUGAGCCAGCAGACAUCAAGGACUUCUGAGGAGCCUGGUACCUUGCAUAGGCACUAUGGACCCUGUUUUGCUUAACCCACCCAACAGCCAAUUUUAGCAGACAUCCUGGUUUUGCAGGUGAGAAGAACUGAGGUACGAAGAAGUUUUGUUAAUUUUUCCAGUUCAUGCAACAAGUAAAUGGGAAACCAGGAUGAAAAUCAAGGUUUUUCUGUCAUCAGACUGUUAUUCACAAUCACCAUUCGGAGAGUUCAGAUGUUGGACAAGAUUCUAACUCCAGCCUUAUCCCAAAUGAUUAAUUUGCCAGUUGCCCUAGAGUUACAUAUUGUCUUACUUGUUUGUUUUACUGAAUCUGUCUGAGUAUUAAAACCCUUGUAUCUUGUGAAAUUUCUUUUAGGUCUAAUAAAAGCGAUGAAAGAGACCAGGAUAACAUUCUAAUAUUUAAAUAAGAUUUUUGAAGUAAAGUCCUUAUUUUGUAAAUUUAACAAUUGAAUCUUGCUAGAUUAAUGACUCAUCUUUCCUG